GAUUGGCAACAGCAGUUAUUUCUCUCUGGAAAACGAGGUAAACAAUCCGGAAGAAGAUCUGUUCAAGGUGUCCUUGCCCUUUAAAAACUUGAAAGAUGGGUAAAAAGUGGGGUGAAUUGGCCAAAAUCCGAGGCGUGAUUCAUUACCGCCUCUCUCCCUACGAGCAGAAUAUAUUUGCCGGGAUGAUAUCGAAGGGCCUGCCCAAUUUAGUGCGACGGAUACGAAGCCAGGUUUUAUAUGUCGUGCCACCCUUCAUCAUGGGUUAUCUGAUCUACGACUGGGGCAACAAGGAGCACGCUCGGCUACAGAGAAAAAAUCCUGCCGACUAUGCAAAUGAUGAAUAGUAUCUUGUAAUUAUGUUGAUAUUUGAAUGACUCUUCUAGUUAAUAAAUAAUAUGUCUGUGUCACCAA